CUCAGCAAAAGACCUGCAGAUCUCAUGAGCUCAGGACAAAAAAAAAGAAAACAAACCUGAUUGAUGAAGGGAAUUGAGUGAUGACGAAGAUUGGGAAAAUGUGAUGGUGUGAGUGUUCAGAGAUCAUUGGAAACUAUCAUCAGAGGAUCUGUGAAGCUGUGGAGGAAGGGAGGACACACAUAAAAGAUAACCACCCCAACUCACUGUCUCUCACUUUCACUCAAUCGUCAGCCGCAACUGGAGGGAAAUAAUGGACCUGCCACUGACUCUUCAUGUAUUCCUCUUCCUCUGUUCCCUCAAUGUUGUUGUUUGGGCAUGUCCAGAUGGAUGCAGCUGUCAAGACACCAAAAUCCUUUGCAAUGGCCUCUCUGACUUCCCCACAACAGUACCCUCAUCUACAACUGCCAUAUCCUUCUCGAAUUGCAGUUUCUAUUCUCUGAAACCAGAAGACCUGACUGAUUUCUCUAACGCCCUUGGCAUCUUUGUGAUUAAAGACACUGUUUUAAGGGAAGUGCGCCCUGGCACAUUUGACUCCACUCCGAACAUAGGUGCCUUAGGUUUUACUGGCACUGAAUUUCAAGAUCUACCAGCGGCCUUGUUCCAAAAUCUUAAAAAGCUUGAGUCACUGAAUCUCAAGAGUAACAAGCUCCUGGUUCUCCGCCCGGACUGGUUCUUACCAUUGACUGAUCUGAAAGUCCUUGACCUCAGUAAGAAUCUUUUCACCUCUGUACCUGUGGAAACUUUCCAUCCUCUUACUGGGCUGCAGUACCUUUUGCUUGCUGGAAACAACAUUAGUCACCUAUCUAGAGAGACACUGAAAGGUCUCUCGGAGCUGAAAACCUUAAGACUCAACAAAAACUCGAUACAGGAAAUCCCCAGUGGCAGUCUGGAUGACCUUACAAACCUGGAAGAACUAUCCCUACAUGAUAAUCUAAUCACUCAUCUCCACCACGACCUGUUCUCCAAGACUCAGAAUCUCCAGAAGCUGUUCCUCUCCAACAACAGGCUCACAUCUCUUCCACAAGGGAUCUUCUUAAACCUGCCCCUUCUCUCCCAGAUUUCCCUGUAUGAAAACCAUCUGGAAAGUCUUGGUCCAGGGGUGUUUGGUCCUAUGGCCCUGCAGCAGUUGUGGCUGUAUGACAACAGACUUAGUCGUGUGGAGGAUGACACAUUCAGGAACCUGACUCAGUUGCGUCUCCUGGUGCUCAGUCGCAACCAGAUUAGCUAUGUAUCCACUGGGGCCUUUAGAGGGUUGGAGCAGCUGGGAGAGGUAUCACUUCACACCAAUCAGCUCACCAACCUGCAAGCCGGGACUUUCCAAGGUCUCCCCAGCUUGGUCAACAUUUCCUUGGAGCACAAUUUCAUCAGCUCUCUCCCUGUGGGUUUCCUCCAUGGCCUGCGCCACCUGGGCGAGAUUGACCUGAAAAACAACUCCCUUCCCAACCUGCCACAGGAAAGUCUAGAUUCUCUCUCUUUGGCAAAGGAGAUACUUCUUCAGCAGAACCCCUGGAGGUGUGACAAGGAUAUUCUGCCGCUUAGGGACUGGCUAAGACAGAACCCAUCCAAGGCCAACCAGACCCUUGUAGUGUGUGAAACCCCCUUCGGUCUAAAUGGUGAGGUGAUUGCUCUGCUGUCAGAUGAGAACCUGAUGGCUCUCAGCUCUACUGAGCAGCCUGUGGUGACUUCAACAGAGAAAAGGAGGAAGCCCAACACCCCUCCAGCCAGACGAAGCACUUCCUCACCAGCAGUCAAGACCACGCCCCGCUCAGAGUAUGAGGAGGUCACCAGCGGUGGGCAAGGAGAAGGGGGAACAGUUUCUCAUGAAAAUUCAAUGAUCUUCAUUGUCAUCGCAAUAGUGUCCACUGUCAUCAUUAGCACUGUCAUCAUCAGCUGUGUGUGCUGGAGGAGAAACAAGAGAGGCCGGGGAAAUAUAGGCCGCAGAAAUAAAAACUCUGUGCUGUAGACAAGACCACCCAACAUCAGCAACUCCAGAACUUUAAAAGCCAAGGGAAACCCACUGAUUAUUGUGCUUUACUUGGAAAAUGUGAAGUGCAGAGUUGAUUUUAUAGUCUCAAAGGCAUCAAAAGAAAUACUUUGGUUCCAUUCAGAAGCACCUACUAGAGCAAACAAUUAAACAGAUUUGCUUUUGAAUUAAUUUGUUCUCAAUGUUUAAUCAUCAAAUUUACCAGUGAGUAUUUUCUUCCAGUGGACUGC